AUGCUAGGUACUAACCAGCAAGUGAAAGGAGUUCCCAAAACUCCAUGGAACCAAGUUUUGAAAUUUAGAAGAGCGGCAAACACCCAAAAUCCCAACUCAUACUCCAUCCCUCCUCAGGAGCAGAUGAAACUGAAAUUCUACCAAUCGAAUAGACUCAACAAUAAAGACAUUCUUCCUUCUGCUGCUAAUCUAGCUGAAUCAUUUUCUGAGAACCCUCUAGAACCUAUUCCAACAAUGGUUGAUAAAGGAAAAGCUAUUAUGUUUAAUCCUCACUCUCAAACCCAUAUGGGAAGUGAAGUCAAUGGCACCCGUGGUCUUCAUCAUGCAGAUCUACAGAAUGAUUCUCAGGAGGGUGACAAUCUGAUUGUGGAUAUUAGCCCAAAGCCUUCCUUGCUCCCUCAACCUAAUGCUCCUAAAGUUGCCCCGCGUCUUGAGAUCCCU